CAUCCAUCUCCGUCUCUGACCAGGUUCGUCUAAACAUAUUGCGAGUGCUGGAAAACUCGGACCUUGGGGUAUUAUUAGUUGAUAGUUCCCAGCUUACUAAUCAAGUAUCUUUCCAUCAUCACCCUGACUUGGUCCUGGUAGCACGAAAUGUGCGACACUUCACAGGUGAGAGGAGGCACGGGGUUGGCCCCUAGCCCUGAUCAACCUGUGUCGCUGCCACCCGGACUAUUUGAGGCCCUACGGAGGCCACCGGCGCGGAAUUCCACCGCUCGGAGUCUUCAAGAUUUUGAUAGCGGUGUAAUGGAUGUGUGCAGUACGGAUGUCACGAGACAAGGAGUAUUGAAGAAUAAAUACGACCUCACAUGCCCCCGUACUGGAUGCGGAUCUAUAAUUCUGAAGAGCGACGUGGGGAUGUGGGUGGAAGGGGCCGGUGUAGAAAUGGACGACCCCAACAGGCCCCCGCACCCGGAACUUACUCCACUUCCACUGCCACCUGCUACUGUUCACUGGUGGCUAAUUACGCCAUCUCCGAUGGAGUUUGAGAACAUUGGUUUCACUCGAACCGUCCGAUCCAACGUCGGAGAAACGUCAGGCUCUACGAAGAAACUUAAAUUUCUCAUCUGUGCCGAGUGCGAUUUAGGUCCUCUUGGCUGGACUGAAGAGGGCGGGAAAGAAUUUUGGCUUGCAUGUUCAAGGGUGAAAUACAAUAUACAGUGAUAUAAGCUACCACUACGCAAUGCGAAAGUUCAUCCCAAGUCAAAACUACAUACACUGGGAGUACGACAUAGUAGGAUAAUUGUCUUAUGUCGAUUAUAUCGAGCAAACCUAGAUCGCAAUCUUGGCUGCUGUAUGGAUUAAUAUUUGUUACUGUAUGGAGUGGUUACCUAACGAGCUGGAGUCCGGAGUGCUCACAAAGGCUCG